UACAAACUGUACCUUGCUAGGUUAGCCACCGAGGAGCUUCUCAACGUUAGCUAGCAAAUACAACUCUUAUUCUGGAGUUUUGGGAAAUGACAGUUUGUGCAAGAAAUUAAAGAAAGUCUUCUCUUUGCAAAGUCCGAAACGUUUGGAUUUUUUGGUUUGAAUCCGUCUUUGAUUUAAACGAGGUGCAGAUUCCUUCUUGCUUGGUGUACAGCGCAGCAGAAGCACUCAGUCCAGCAGAUCCAGAAAAUGUUAAAGAAAUGAUAGCAGCGCAGGAAUUGCACACAGACUUUCAAUUUUCUCAAGAGGCAGAAUCUCAGUGGUCCUCAGAUACUGACUUUGAGGAUCCUGAUGGCAAAGAUGCAAAGACAGCAAAGGGCAUGGCAGCCAAGAAGGGGAAGAAGGCGCCCGGAGAUAAGGCCAAAGGUGGGGGGGCAAGGAAGGCCCCCGGUGCUGGCAGGGUGAACGGCCAUCAUCAGGAGAACGGGAUGGAGAACAUGACGCUGUUCGAGGUGGUGAAAAUGGGGAAAAGUGCCACACAGUCUGUUGUUGAUGACUGGAUCGAGGCAUACAAACAGGACAGGGAUGUUGCUCUCUUGGACUUAAUCAACUUCUUCAUUCAGUGCUCUGGUUGUAAAGGGGCUGUGAGUGGAGAGAUGUUCAGAAAUAUGCAGAACUCUGAAAUCAUCCGAAAAAUGACAGAGGAGUUUGACGAGGACAGCGGUGACUAUCCGUUAACGAUGUCAGGGCCACAGUGGAAGAAGUUCAGGAUAAGCUUCUGUGACUUCAUUGCAGUUCUGGUGCGUCAGUGCCAGUACAGCAUCAUUUACGAUGAGUAUAUGAUGGACACCAUUAUUUCACUGCUCACCGGCCUGUCUGACUCUCAGGUCCGGGCCUUCAGACACACAAGCACACUCGGAGCGAUGAAGUUGAUGACCGCCUUGGUGAACGUCGCUCUCAACCUGAGCAUCAAUAUGGACAACACGCAGAGACAGUAUGAAGCGGAGAGGAACAAGGUCAUUGCAAAGAGAGCCAAUGACAGGCUGGAGCUCCUGUUACAGAAGCGUAAAGAGCUUCAAGAAAAUCAAGAUGAAAUCGAGAACAUGAUGAAUGCAAUUUUUAAAGGAGUGUUUGUUCACAGAUAUCGUGAUUCCAUUGCUGAGAUCCGAGCUAUUUGUAUUGAGGAGAUUGGAAUGUGGAUGAAGCUGUACAGCGACGCCUUCCUUAACGACAGCUACCUGAAGUAUGUUGGCUGGACAAUGCAUGACAAGCAAGGGGAAGUGCGCCUGAAGUGUGUGAGCGCCCUGCAGGGCCUGUUCUACAGCCGGGAGCUGGGUGCCCGACUGGAGCUCUUCACAAGUCGCUUCAAGGACCGCAUCGUGUCUAUGACUCUGGACAAGGAAUAUGAUGUUGCAGUGCAAGCCAUUAAACUUCUGACUCUGGUCCUGCAGAGUAGUGAUGAGGUUCUGACAGCAGAGGAUUGUGAGAGCGUUUAUCAUCUGGUUUACUCAGCACAUCGACCCAUCGCUGUUUCAGCAGGAGAAUUUCUCUUCAAGAAGCUCUUCAGCCACCGUGGCCCUGAGGAGGAGGGAUUACCCAGGAGGGGCAGGCAGAGCCUCAAUGGAGGCCUUAUCAAAACUACUGUGUUCUUCUUCUUGGAGAGCGAGCUCCAUGAGCACGGGGCUUACCUGGUGGAUAGCCUGUGGGAGUGUGGCUCCGAGCUGCUGAAGGACUGGGAGACGAUGAUCAGCCUGCUGCUGGACGAGCCCGCGGCAGGAGAGGAGGCACUGACUGAUGGCCAGGAGACGGCCCUGGUGGAGAUCAUGCUCUGUGCCAUCCGGCAGGCCUGUGAGUGCCACCCUCCUGUCGGCAGAAGCACAGGGAAGAGGGUCCUGACUGCGAAGGAGAAGAAAACGCAGCUGGAUGAUCGGACACGGAUCACAGAGAUGUUUGCAGUCGCGCUGCCUCUGUUGUUGGCAAAGUACUGUGUUGAUAUCGAUAAGGUGACCAAUUUGCUACAAAUACCAAAGUACUUUGAUCUUGACAUCUACACAACUGGCCGUCUGGAAAAGCAUUUGGAUGCCUUGCUGCGGCAAAUCUGGGAGGUCCAGGAUAAGCACACAGACAUAGAGGUCCUGGAGGCCUGCUCUACCACCUACCACUAUCUCUCCAACGAAGAGUUCACCAUCUUCAACCGCGUGAACAUCGCCCGCUCCCAGCUGCUCGACGAGCUGGUGGACAAGUUUAACAGACUGCUGGAGGACUUCCUGCAGGAGGGUGAAGAACCAGAUGAGGAUGAUGCCUACCAGGUUCUAUCCACACUCAAGAAGAUCAGCGCUUUCCACAAUGCACAUGACCUCUCUAAGUGGGAUCUCUUCACCAGCAUCUACCGGCUGCUGAACACCGGUCUGCAGAACGGGGAUAUGCCUGAGCAGAUUGUGAUUCACUCAUUGCAGUGCACACAUUACAUCAUUCUGUGGCACCUAGCAAAGGUUUCAGACGGCAGCUCAAUAAAGGGUGACAUGGUGACCUUGAGCAAGCAAAUGAGAGCUUUCUGCUUAAUGUGUCAGCGUUACCUAAACGGCAUCAACAACGCAGUUAAAGAGCAGGCCUUCACCAUUCUAUGUGAUCUCCUACUGAUCUUCAGUCACCAAAUUAUGUCUUCAGGCCGGGAACAACUGGAGCCUCUGGUCUUUAUGCCAGACUCCUCUCUGCAUGCUGAUCUGCUCAACUUCAUCCUAGAUCAAGUGUUCAUUGAUCAGGAUGAUGACAACAACAGCACAGAUGGACAGCAGGAUGAUGAAGCCAGUAAAAUCGAGGCUCUGCACAAGAGAAGAAACCUUCUAGCUGCCUACUGUAAAUUAAUCACUUUCAAUGUGGUGGAAAUGAACAGCGGCGCAGACGUAUUCAAACAGUACAUGAGGUAUUAUAAUGACUACGGAGAUAUCAUCAAGGAGACGAUGAGUAAAACAAGACAAAUCGACAAGAUACAAUGUGCAAAGACACUUGUAUUGAGCCUACAAACGUUAUUCAAUGAGAUGUUGUCUGAACUUGGCUUCAAUGUCGACCGCUCAACAUCAGCCUUCUGUGGCAUAAAAGAGCUCGCCCGACGCUUCUCCUUGACUUUUGGCUUGGACCAGGUGAAGACCAGGGAGGCUAUUGCCAUGUUGCAUAAGGAUGGAAUUGAGUUUGCUUUUAAGGAACCGAGUCCCCAAGGACCAGGGAGUCCACCUCUCAAUCUCUCUUUCUUGGAUGUCCUGAGCGAGUUCUCCAGCAAACUGCUUCGGCAGGACAAGAGAACAGUUCACACAUACCUGGAGCGCUUCAUGACGGUUCAGAUGGCCCUGCAGCGAGAGGACUGUUGGCUGCCCCUCAUCUCCUACAGGAACUCCCUGCAGGCCAGAGGGGACGAUGACACCAUGUCUGUCCUCAGUGGGAUUAGCAGUCGGGGGUCCACCAGGAGCAAGAAGGCCAAGCCAGCCACUGCUAGCAAACGGAAAUGUCCUGAAGCAGAAGAGAGCAGCUGCAGCAGCAGUGAUGCAGUCUGGAUGAACCGUGAGCAGAACGCACAGACGCCAGUGAUGAUGCAUUCGCCAGUGAUGAUGCAUUCGCCCCACCUCACCUCCACCGUGCUGAGGGAUCCAAAGAAGAUGAGGCCAGAAGACAGCUACACCGGCGCUUACAGCAUGCCGACAGAGCAGCUUCCCCAUCAGCCUGUGCCUCUCCAGCAGCAGCAGCAGCCACAUCACCAUCAUCAGGCUGCCAUGGAUUACAACACACAGGUUACUUGGAUGUUGACACAGAGGCAACAAGCUGAGGCCCAUCAGCAGCAAGAGCGGGUCAGCAUGCAAUACGCCAAGAUGAGGAACCACAUGCAGCAAGCAAUGUAA